CACUGACACAUGACAUUGACGUGAAAUGAGCAUCUUUCUAGAAUGAAGUAGAAAUUUAUUAAGAAAAAUAAGGCAACUGUCAUUUAGUGUUUGUGUACAUAAUAACUAAUUUUAAGUAUAUUUUAAAUUUUGUAACAUACACAAUGUCUAACGUUUUUGGUUUAAUUGUAUCAGGACGACUGGUACAAACAGAUUUUACGCCGCUGACAGAGACAACGUUUAUCAUAACAAUCCCGGAGACGGAGUCGAUCAACCACGCGGCAGUGUUCCUGACGGGCGUGGCGCCACUGCCGGCGGGCACGGCGGGCAUGGUUUACUGGAGCUGGCCCGACCCCGCCGCGCCGCCCAGCUGGCAGCUGCUAGGGCACAUCUCCAACACCAAGCCCUCUGCCAUAUUUAAAAUAUCCAACCUCAAGAAGCUCCACGAGUUGUCUGCGGAAAACAAAAUAGGGGGUGCAUUUGGGCAGCAACAGAUCUGCAACUAUGCUCAGAUUGGAAUAUCCAUUGAACCAGAGUCAAAUGUUGAGUUGCUUGCAUCAUCUGUGGCGGCGGAAACAAAUCAGUAUGUAACAUUUGCACAAAAGAUGUUGGAGAAUCUGGUGAACUUUGUGGCGUCGUUCUCCGUGACGCAGGAGCAGAUGACGCCCACACCGGGCGUCUCCUACAUCCCCCUCAACACUCUUCACACCUGGUACCAAAACUUUGAGCGCAGGCUGCAGCAGAACCCAAACUUCUGGAAGAAUUAAUGUCACCACUGCAUUUGAACCUUGUAUCAGUGGACAGACAAUUUUGUGUAAUUUGUUUUAUUUGAGUGAAUUGAGUGAAAAAUAAAAGUACAUUUUUGGUGGACAUAGAAAUGUGCUUCAUGCAGAGCAGAAGAAAGAGAAUUUACAAAAUAUCCUCUGUCAUUAGAUUUGCUUUUAAAUUUAUUAACUUUAAGUUACAAAGUGGUAAAAAAAGUAAUUAGCUUGAUGUGAGUGGCAGGAUCAGUGCAAAUAAAUAUUAGAUUUGCUACUUGAUUGGUUUGUACAUGUUGUGACAGGAUGGAGGUGAGAUUGUUCAUACAUUAUUACAUUCAGUAAUUACAUGUAAGUGAAGUGAUCCUGCCAAUACUACAUCUAUUGUAAUGACAAUACAUUGUACACAUGUUAAUGGAAAAUGUUUACAGUAUUGUUGCUGAAAUAUUAAUAUGUAUUUUUAUUGGAUUUGAAAGAUUGUUAAACUUGUAGCUACAAAACAGUGAAUGUUGUUAUAAAAUGAUACAUAAUAUGUUACAUUACAAUAUAACUUGUGCUCGCCUGCAACUUGUCUACCGCAUUAUUGGCAUAAUAUUUAUGUUCUUCAAGACUGCUUACAUAGUUAUAUU